CUUCCUUUUUUAAUUGUGUUUACACUUUCUUGCCAUAUCAGAGUCAGAAAGCUCCACCACAACCAUCACAUUCUUUGGCACCGGACUUUCACAGCGACAUCAAUCAAAACUCAACAUGUCGUCUCCUGCUGGUCGUCGACAGCGCAAUCCUCAAUCUGCGACUCCUAGACGCACAUCAGCAAGAAAUUCACAGGCAUUUCCAAGUAGCCCACCGGAUCCCGCUGCUGCUCAACUUCAAAAUGAAGCAGCUUCGUCGCAAGGUGUCACAGGUACCCCUCGGCGGGGUAUCAUUCCCUCGUCGUCGCCUAUGAACUAUAGAUCAUCUCCGGCAGAUGCUGCACGAUUCAAUCGAGAUAUCAGUUCGCCGCUGAGACAAAUGACAAAUACUCAGUCAACGCAAGAAAAUGGCGAUCGUACUCCAAGAGCAAGUGGUAGCGCUCUUAUCGGCGGUGGGUACUACAUUGCCAGAUCAACCAAUAUUAACUAACAAUGAUAGACUCCUCACCGAUCAGAUACGAAGCAAGUUCUAGCCCUGGUAGAGCAUAUGCCAAUGAUCCCCAGUCAAACAUUCCAAGUGACAGCAGUGGCCUUUUCGUUCGCUCCUCUCGUUCUCAAGGCCCUGGGUCUGCAGUUAACAAUUCUCGAAGAGGGGAUAUUACAUCUGAUAACCUUAACACACCCCGCGCCAGAAGACGUAUAUUCAUGGAUGAAAGUGGGCGAAUUGUAAGAGAUGUUCCACCUGAAGAUGCGGAAGCUCCUUCAUUCUCGAAUCUUGACCCAACAACUUCAGAUGCGCAAGCCAUGGGAGGCAAUUCUACACUUUGUAUCUGGGGUACGAAUGUUUCCAUAAACGAUACAUUGUCCACAUUUAAGGACUUUCUCCGAAACUAUACUAAAAAAUACCGCAUGUGGGGUGAGGGAAUGUCCGAGGAGGACACUCAAGCCGAUCCUGGGUCAGACUCGAAGGAGUACUUAGAGAUGAUGCAAAAUAUGCUGACCCUUGGAAUUACGAGUCUUAAUCUCGAUUUCCGCAACCUCAAGGCAUACCCUCCUACCAAGAAACUCUGGCAGCAAGCGCAGGAUUACCCUCAGGAUAUUGUUACGCUUAUGGAUCAGGGUAUUAAAGAUGUAAUGUACGAGAUUGCGGAAAAUCAGAUGGCAAUUCAGAGGCAAUCACAAAGUUCCGCCGGACAGGCGUCUGGGCGAAGUAGAGUUCAAAGCUCGGAACCUCCUAUCCCCAGUUCAGAGAGGAGCGAAGCAGAGGCCGCAACACCAAGGGGACAAGAUUCUAAUGAAGUGGAUUUGUGUGCUGAGGUACAAAAGAGAUCUUAUAGAGUUAGACCCUUUGGUCUAGACAAAACUAUCAACAUGAGAGAACUUGAUCCAUCCGACGUCGAUAAGAUUAUAGCUAUUAAGGGACUCGUCAUUCGAACUACACCAAUCAUCCCAGACAUGAAAGAUGCCUUCUUCAAGUGUUCUGUGUGCAAUCAUACAGUCAAGGUUGAUAUCGACCGUGGUAAGAUUGCUGAGCCGACAGAAUGCCCUCGUCCUGUUUGUAAAUCUCCAAAUUCCAUGCAGAUUGUACACAACAGGUCUGGAUUUAUGGACAAGCAAGUCAUCAAACUCCAAGAGACUCCAGAUUCCGUUCCUGCUGGUCAAACACCUCAUUCUGUGUCGAUGUGCGCAUACGAUGAAUUGGUGGAUCUCUGCAAAGCUGGUGACAGAGUUGAGAUUACCGGUAUCUUCAAGGCUAGCCCAGUCCGUGUGAAUCCACGUCAAAGGACUCUUAAAAGUAUUUAUAAAACCUACAUCGAUGUUUUACAUAUCCAGAAGGUCGACAAGAAGAGAAUGGGAAUUGAUGCCUCGACUGUUGAACAAGAAAUAUCCGAUCAACUAACUGGUAAUAUUGAAGAGACUAGAAAGGUUUCAGAAGAGGAGGAAGAAAAAAUUAGGGAAACCGCUACAAGGCCCGAUAUCUAUGAGCUUCUGUCUCGCUCCCUUGCACCUAGUAUUUUUGAGAUGGACGAUGUUAAGAAAGGCAUCUUGCUUCAGUUGUUUGGAGGAACCAACAAGUCAUUCGAGAAAGGAGGAAGUCCGAAAUAUAGAGGAGAUAUCAAUAUUCUACUAUGUGGUGACCCUUCUACUUCGAAAUCUCAGAUUCUACAAUACGUACAUAAGAUCGCUCCUCGUGGUGUGUAUACCAGUGGUAAAGGAUCAUCGGCAGUUGGUUUAACAGCAUACGUUACUCGAGACCCAGAAACACGCCAGCUUGUCCUCGAAUCCGGAGCUCUUGUUUUGUCAGAUGGAGGUGUUUGCUGUAUUGAUGAAUUUGACAAAAUGUCCGAUGCUACUCGAUCAGUCUUGCACGAAGUUAUGGAACAACAAACUGUCUCUAUUGCCAAGGCAGGAAUCAUCACAACUUUGAAUGCUCGAACGAGUAUUCUUGCAUCCGCAAAUCCAAUUGGGAGUAAAUAUAAUCCGAACUUACCAGUACCGCAGAAUAUCGAUCUCCCACCUACUCUGCUUUCUAGAUUUGAUCUUGUCUAUUUGAUCUUAGAUCGUAUUGAUGAGACCAAUGAUCGUAGAUUGGCGCGUCAUCUUCUAAGUAUGUACCUAGACGAUAAACCGCAAAGUGCUUCAGGAGGAAUGGAGAUUUUGGUAAGCGUAUCUUCUUCUUAUUUACGUAGAAGUACGAAGCUAACAACCACAGCCUAUUGAGUUCCUGACCUCCUAUAUCUCAUACGCUCGUGCCAAGUGUCAACCAAGAAUCAGUCAAGAAGCUUCUGCCGAACUUGUCUCCGCCUAUGUUGAAAUGCGCAAACUUGGUGAGGAUAUCCGCGCCGCUGAACGUCGUAUCACAGCCACAACUCGUCAACUCGAAUCCAUGAUUCGUCUUUCCGAGGCUCAUGCUAAAAUGCGUUUGUCGGAAAUUGUUACAAAAGAAGAUGUACAAGAAGCAGUUCGAUUGAUCAAGAGUGCUUUGAAACAAGCGGCUACAGAUGCGAGAACCGGGUUGAUUGAUAUGAGUCUUUUGACCGAAGGCACAAGUGCUAGUGAGAGAAGGAGAAAGGGUGAUCUGAAAAUAGCGGUGCUGGGUGUCGUGGAUGAGAUGACCGGACCCGGUGGAAAUGCUAGAUGGACCGAAGUGGUCAGAAAAUUGGGAGAGCAGAGUAGCAUGCAAGUUGAUUCUACAGAGUUUGGCGAGGCAGUUAGAGGGUUGGAGUUAGAGGGUAAGGUUAUGAUUUUAGGUGAGGGACCUAGAAGAAGUAUUAGGAGGGUUACGGGUCAGUCUUAAAAAAUGGGAAUGUGUGAUGAGGAUUGGGGAUUGAAGAUGCGGUGAUGAUAAUAUAUCCGGCGUUGGGCUUUUAUCUUUGUUUGGUUAUUUGUGAUAGGAUAGUAGGGGAGAGGAGGGUGUAGGGUAUCGAUUCAUGAGUCCGCUUGAUAUGCAUAGUAGUAUGAUGUGAUAUGAU